AUGCAUACCCCCUCAUUUUUGGUGGUCACCGGACCGCAGGGGAGCGGUAAAUCGACCAUGCUCAAACAUCUUCUGGCAGAGUACCACGAUGAAGAGCGUCUUGUGCUCCCAGUGGUGCAAUCCCUGAAUCCAGGUCAGAACCUGCGCCUAGAAGCGCUUUUCGAGGACGUGCUGCAGAUCAAGAACUUUCCAGAUUACUCGCGGAGGCUUCCCUUGAUGGGGUUGAUGAAGGAGCUCAAGGGGUUCUGCAUGCGCAAAUCCCAGCGCCCCCUCAUCGUCUACCUUCAGCUCUCGACCAAGAACCGUGGGGAGAAAUUCACGAUGGACCAGUGUGAUGACGUCGCGUCCGAGCUGGGUGGUUUCGCCCGGACAAUCACCUACGACUACGCUUUGUGCCAAUUCGUGCUGGAAGUGUCGGUGUCCCUCAUUGCCGACAAGAUCAAGGACAAGUUCAACAUGUCUGAGCUGGUGGUGGUGGACCCACUGCCUUUGAAGAGCUUCGUGGAGUUGGCCCUGGAGAUUCCGGAGAUUGCCGGAAAUCUCAAGAUGGACGAGCUCAGCCGGGAGGAGAUCCUCAAGUACUUCUACCUUCGUGCUGGCGGCAGCUUCCGCGAGCUGCAGGAGCUCCUGAAAAACGCGGCCAAGGCCAACGCCUCGGAUGGGCAGGGCAUCAAGGGCCAGAUCGAUGAGUGGUACAGGGAGAAGAUCUGGCCCAUCAAGGACGUUCUGGCAGAGACGGAGGAGGACGAGCUUCAGCAGUUCGUCCGGCGUCUCCUGGGACAGAAGCCCGAGUCCAAGUACCUGGAUUAUGUGACGAAGGUGGAGCAGGCCCAAAAGGCUACCUUAGCGGCGGUGAUGACAAGGACACGAAGCUGA